AUGCCUUUUGUUAACAUAAAGAAGCAAUAUUUAGCGCUCGGGAUGCUGAUAUUCGUAUUAUUAUUUUUCUUCAAUAGUAAGCCAGCUUUUCAAUGCCAGCUCAAUCCAGAAGUGUCUGUUUAUCUUCCGACUAUUUAUGGGAUUACUCCAACAUACGCAAGACUCGCACAAAAAGCUGAUCUGACAAGGUUGUCUCAAACUCUGAUGCUAGUGAAGAACUUUCACUGGAUUGUCAUUGAGGACUCGGAUACAAAGACUAAGCUUGUAGAAAAUUUACUAAAAGAAUCUACUUUAAAAUAUACACAUCUUAACAUUAAAACAGCUAAAGUCAAACAUUCAUCGGCCAGCGGAGUGGAGCAAAGGAAUUUUGCUUUGGACUGGUUGCGACAACAUAUGAAAGAGAAUGAAGUCAAAAGAGGUGUUGUUUAUUUCAUGGAUGAUGAUAAUACAUAUUCAUUGAAAGUAUUUGAUGAGAUGCGCAAAAUAAACAAAGUAGGCGUAUGGCCUGUAGGUAUUGUUGGCGGGAUGCGGGUAGAGAUGCCUCUAGUGAAAGACGGCAAGGUGUACGCAUACAAUGCUGUUUGGAAACCGUUCAGACCUUUCCCUAUUGAUAUGGCUGGAUUCGCUAUCAAUGCUACGUUGUUCUUGGAUAAACCUUCGGCGAAAUUCUCGAGGAAGGUGCAGUCUGGCUUCCAGGAAAGUGAAAUACUUAAAUACUUCACAACCAAAGAAGAAUUGGAACCUUUAGCGGAGAAUUGUACGAAAGUCUACGUUUGGCAUACUCGCACCCAGAAACCGUCCAUACUCAACACGAAGAAACUCAAACACCCGAUCACGCCGUACGACGAGAACAUCGAAGUAUGA